AAGAGCAGAGGCUUGCUUGUAGAGUGACGAUCUGAGCUACGGGGUCUUAAGUGCGUCAGGGCGUGGAGGUCUGGCGGGAGACGCAUAGUUACAGCGCGUCCGUUCUCCGUCUCGCAGCCGGCACAGCUAGAGCUUCGAGCGCAGCGCGGCCAUGGAUCCCAGCAGCAAGACCGAUGAACACCGCCCGCCUCCAGGGUGCCCAGGAGUCAGUCAUGCAAAUCUGAACAUCACUAGAAGGUUUUAAGGAAAUUGAAGAGGAAUCAGGGCCUAAGGUCACAUGAAGAAGGUGACGGGCCGCCUCAUGUUGGCUGUGGGAGGAGCAGUGCUCGGAUCACUGCAGUUCGGCUAUAACACUGGUGUCAUCAACGCCCCCCAGAAGGUUAUUGAGGAGUUCUACAAUCAAACAUGGAACCACCGCUACGGAGAGCCCAUCCCAUCCACCACACUCACCACGCUUUGGUCUCUCUCCGUGGCCAUCUUCUCUGUCGGGGGCAUGAUUGGUUCCUUCUCUGUCGGCCUCUUUGUUAAUCGCUUUGGCAGGCGGAACUCCAUGCUGAUGAUGAACCUGUUGGCCUUUGUGGCUGCUGUGCUUAUGGGCUUCUCCAAACUGGGCAAGUCCUUUGAGAUGCUGAUCCUGGGCCGCUUCAUCAUCGGUGUGUACUGCGGCCUGACUACUGGCUUUGUGCCCAUGUAUGUGGGAGAGGUGUCACCUACAGCUCUACGUGGAGCCCUAGGCACACUGCACCAGCUGGGAAUCGUCGUUGGCAUCCUUAUUGCCCAGGUGUUUGGCUUAGACUCCAUCAUGGGCAAUGCAGACUUGUGGCCUCUGCUGCUCAGUGUCAUCUUCAUCCCAGCCCUGCUACAGUGUAUCCUGUUGCCCUUCUGCCCCGAGAGCCCCCGCUUCCUGCUCAUCAAUCGUAACGAGGAGAACCGGGCCAAGAGUGUGCUGAAGAAGCUUCGAGGGACAGCCGAUGUGACCCGAGACCUGCAGGAGAUGAAAGAAGAGGGUCGGCAGAUGAUGCGGGAGAAGAAGGUCACCAUCUUGGAGCUGUUCCGCUCACCCGCCUACCGCCAGCCCAUCCUCAUCGCUGUGGUGCUGCAGCUGUCCCAGCAGCUGUCGGGUAUCAAUGCUGUGUUCUACUACUCAACGAGCAUCUUCGAGAAGGCAGGUGUGCAGCAGCCUGUGUACGCCACCAUCGGCUCCGGUAUCGUCAACACGGCCUUCACUGUGGUGUCGCUGUUUGUUGUAGAGCGAGCUGGACGACGGACCCUGCACCUCAUUGGCCUGGCUGGCAUGGCAGGCUGUGCUGUGCUCAUGACCAUCGCCCUGGCCUUGCUGGAACGGCUGCCUUGGAUGUCCUAUCUGAGCAUCGUGGCCAUCUUUGGCUUUGUGGCCUUCUUUGAAGUAGGCCCUGGUCCUAUUCCAUGGUUCAUUGUGGCCGAGCUGUUCAGCCAGGGGCCCCGUCCUGCUGCUAUUGCUGUGGCUGGCUUCUCCAACUGGACCUCAAACUUCAUUGUGGGCAUGUGCUUCCAGUAUGUGGAGCAACUGUGCGGCCCCUACGUCUUCAUCAUCUUCACGGUGCUCCUCGUGCUCUUCUUCAUCUUCACCUACUUCAAAGUCCCUGAGACCAAAGGCCGAACCUUCGAUGAGAUCGCUUCCGGCUUCCGGCAGGGGGGUGCCAGCCAAAGUGACAAGACACCCGAGGAGCUCUUCCACCCUCUGGGGGCGGACUCCCAAGUGUGAGGAGCCCCACACCCAGCCCGGCCUGCUCCCUGCAGCCCAAGGAUCUCUCUGGAGCACAGGCAGCUAGAUGAGACCUCUUCCGAACCGACAGAUCUCGGGCAAGCCGGGCCUGGGCGCCUUUCCUCAGCCAGCAGUGAAGUCCAGGAGGAUAUUCAGGACUUUGAUGGCUCCAGAAUUUUUAAUGAAAGCAAGACUGCUGCUCAGAUCUAUUCAGAUAAGCAGCAGGUUUUAUAAUUUUUUUAUUACUGAUUUUGUUAUUUUUUUUUUUUAUCAGCCACUCUCCUAUCUCCACACUGUAGUCUUCACCUUGAUUGGCCCAGUGCCUGAGGGUGGGGACCACGCCCUGUCCAGACACUUGCCUUCUUUGCCAAGCUAAUCUGUAGGGCUGGACCUAUGGCCAAGGACACACUAAUACCGAACUCUGAGCUAGGAGGCUUUACCGCUGGAGGCGGUAGCUGCCACCCACUUCCGCAGGCCUGGACCUCGGCACCAUAGGGGUCCGGACUCCAUUUUAGGAUUCGCCCAUUCCUGUCUCUUCCUACCCAACCACUCAAUUAAUCUUUCCUUGCCUGAGACCAGUUGGAAGCACUGGAGUGCAGGGAGGAGAGGGAAGGGCCAGGCUGGGCUGCCAGGUUCUAGUCUCCUGUGCACUGAGGGCCACACAAACACCAUGAGAAGGACCUCGGAGGCUGAGAACUUAACUGCUGAAGACACGGACACUCCUGCCCUGCUGUGUAUAGAUGGAAGAUAUUUAUAUAUUUUUUGGUUGUCAAUAUUAAAUACAGACACUAAGUUAUAGUAUAUCUGGACAAACCCACUUGUAAAUACACCAACAAACUCCUGUAACUUUACCUAAGCAGAUAUAAAUGGCUGGUUUUUAGAAA